AUGGACAUGCUAUCAUCUGCCGAGCAGCGUACGCUGGAGCAGCGCAUGCAGAAGCGUCAAGUAAAGGAGUUUAUGGGUGCAUUUGGUGGUCUCGUGGAGAACUGCUUCGGUUCCUGCGUCGACGACUUCUCUUCCAAGUCCCUCUCCUCCCGUGAGACAGGCUGCCUCAACCGCUGCGUCCUCAAGUGGAUGGCUACCCAGCAGCGCAACUCGACAUUCUCCAGCAGACCCGUGGCGUCCCACUCCACCUCGCCGAUGUCGCCGUUGUUGACCCGCAGCGCCCCCAGCACCCGCGUCAGCAGCGCCAGCGAGUGUAUCUCCGACGUCCCCAGCAGAGUUACGUACUGCGCCGUCGCCUUCGACUGCGUGCGGCUGGCCCCGGGCACUUCGAACCUCUCGAUGCUCAGCCUCAGCAGCUGCGGGAACUGGUUCAGCACGUACGCGAUCUCGGGCGCCACCGUCGCCCCCAGCGCCCACCGCUGCGACGUGGCCGCCUCGGCGUACGGCGAGAUCCGCGCCUUGAGCAUGUACUUGGUCAGGUUGGACGUCAGCAGGACGCUCAGGAUCCCGUCGCACGCCAUCUGCUCCGCCAGCAUCGGCAGCGUCGAGAGCUCCAGGAGGUACAGCAUGCUCAGCUCCCCGUACACCGGGUCGCCCUGGUCCGCCAGCUUGUCCGCCCACGAGAACAGCGACGUCGCCGCGUAG